CUUCACUUCCUUUCUUUCUUUCUUUCUUUCUUUCUUUUCACUUUUCUUGCCUCCUCACUUGUUCUCUUUUCUCUUUGCAUAGGUUGUUUUCAAUCUAUGCUCCUUGGAUCACACAUUUCCUCACCCUCUCCUUUCUCAUUCACCUCCGAGGACGUGGCACGGUCAAUUUGAACAACAAAAAGAAUUUUCUUUACUUUUUGAGGAUAUCUGCUUCGCCGAUUGUUUUAAAUAAUUUUUUUUGAUAUCCCCGACGACUUUCUUGAUCAAAGAGAUCAAAAGGAAAAAAAUACACACAAUGCUGAACUCGUUCUUCGAUUCCCUUUCAGAGGCCGCGUCUUUCCCAGUGGACCAGGUCCGAUGUUUGACAGCAUUGCUGUUGGCCUAUCCCUUGGCUUUUGCGUUCCGUCUGUUACCUGCCAACAACCCCAAUCUCAAACAUAUAGCCUCAGUUCUGACCUCAUUCUUCCUCAUUGUUGUCAUUGUCGAUGAUCUGGUCGGACUGAUGCAUUUGCUCGGAUCAAGUAUUGCUGUCUGGCGGAUCAUGGGCUCUGUCAAGGGCAAAUGGGGUCCCAGGAUUGUCUUUAUCGGUGUAAUGAUCCACAUGAGUGUGAGCCAUUUAAUGCGACAGAUUACUGACUACCGCGGCUACAAGUUGGACCAUACCGGACCACAAAUGAUCCUUACAAUGAAACUUACCUCUUGGGCUUUUAACGUCCAUGAUGGCCGUCGCAAUCCCAAGGAGUUGAGCCGAUACCAGCAAGAACAUGCUAUAACAACAUUCCCAUCCCUUCUCCACUACUUGAGCUACGUUUUCUUCUUCCCCAGUGUCCUUGUCGGCCCUACAUUCGAGUACAUGGAUUACAUCCGUUUCAUCGAACUCUCUCAGUUCCGGGAUUCCAGGACUGGAAAGAUUCAUUGGCCUGCUGGCAGGGUCAAGGCCUCAAUGAAAUGCUUCUUGUUCGCCUUGGUUGCUCUCGCCUCUUUAGCGGUCCUUGCUCCUAAAAUGGAUGCCAGCUGGACGGUUGAACCCGAAUGGAAGGCCUUGCCCUAUCUGUUGCGUCUUGGCUAUGUUCAGUUGGCUGCAUUUAGCGCUCGCUUCAAAUACUAUGCUGUCUGGAAGAUGGCAGAAGGCGCUUGUGCUUUGGCUGGAUUUGGUUAUAAUGGUGUGGACCCAAAGACAGGAGAACAGCGAUGGGAUGCAACCUCCAACGUUGAUGUGUGGGCAUACGAGUCUGGUGAGAGUUUGAAGGAACAGCUGGAUGCUUGGAACAAGGGCACGAACCUUUGGUUGAAACACUACGUGUACUUUAGAGUGAUGAAACCCGGUGGAAAACCAGGGGCGUUCGAGACUUUCUCUACAUUUGCUAUCAGCGCAUUAUGGCAUGGGUUCUACCCCGGCUAUUACCUCACAUUCAUGUCCUCUGCUUUCGCAUUGACAGCUGCAAAGAUCUUGAGGAAACAUCUUCGCCCACGUGUUAUUUCAGCCACUGGACAACCUCCUGCAUGGUACAACUUUAUGGGAACUCUCCUGUCACAGUUCUCGAUGAAUUUCCUGACCAUGCCAUUCUUGCUCUUGACAUUCAAGGACAGUAUUGAGGUCUGGAAGGAUUUGUAUUUUAUAGUUCACAUCGGUUCCAUUGCUGUCGUAUUCCUUAUCCCUGUUCUCUUCCCAUCCAAGCGGAAAUCCAACAAGGAACAGCAACAACAAGAAGAAAAGUCAGGGAUUAAUAAGAUCAAGGAAGUUGCUCACCUCGUUGCCGAAGAGGCCUCAACAGAGUCCGUAGAGGCCGUGACUGAGAUCCUGAGCGUUUCCAGUAGCACUAAACUCAAGACCUACUAAAAAAAG